UAGAGAGCUAUAACAAGAAAAAAUUGAGUUUGAAUCAAGAAAAAAAUGAAGGUGAGAAGGGUUUGCAUAUUGGCAGCCCUUUUGGCGUUGUUUGUAGGCAUUAUUGUUGCCCAAGGCGAUAGCAAUGGCAACGGCAAUGGCAAUGGCAAUGGUAACACAGGGCUCAACAAUGGCAACGGCAACGGCAACAGCAACGGUAAUUUGGGAGGUAACAACGGCAACGGACACGGAAACGGCAAUGGUAACUUUGGAGGUAACAAUGGAAACGGAAACGGCAAUGGCAACGGAAACAACAACAAUGAUGGGAAUGAUGGCGAUGACGAGGAAGAAAAUGGGCAGAGACCAACAAGGCCGUCGGCACCUACUCCUGUCCCUUCCGGUAAUUACGAAUCAUUAUCACCAGUGCCAAGUUCUGGGCAGGAAAAAGGUAAGUGCCUUGGCGUGGGAGCAUGUCUACAUAAGACACUGACCUGCCCGUCCGACUGCCCGCAGAGGAAGCCCAAGAAGAACAGGAAGCAAAAGGGCUGCUUUAUCGACUGCAGCAGCAGAUGCCAAGCUACCUGCAAAUGGAGGAAGCCCGACUGAAACGAGAAGGGUUCAAUAUGCUACUACCCGCGCUUUGUGGGAGGGGACGGCGUGGUGUUCUACUUCCAUGGAACAAAGGGAAACAACUUCGUCAUUCUCUCUGACCAAAACCUACACAUCAAUGCACACUUGAUAGGUACGGUCCUUUGUAGAAGAGAAAUAGAAUUUCACAACCUAGAUAGGCUUUGGCUACCCAUCGUGAAAGGUUGCA